UCAUUCUAAGGUACUACUUCUCAUUCGUCGUCAGCUCGUCCUAUAAAUAAACCCCACUGAGUAUAUCCAUUACUUUUACAUAGCUCAACACAAGUUUCAUCUACUUUGCUGAUUCCAUUUAAAUUGCAGUUAUUUUACUCAUCCUCUUCCUUAAUUUCUUGCAUAUACACAAAUGGCAAACUUGGAUGAUCAAUCUUCUGUGGAUACUUCUGUUGAUUCUCAAGAAGAGAACAGUACAGACUCCAGGCUUCACUUUUCGGAAGCUGAGGAAACACUUAUAAUCCUAAUGCAUAAUCUUGUUGGUGAGAGGUGGCCUCUAAUUGCUGGGAGGAUUCCAGGGAGAACAGCGGAGGAGAUUGAAAAAUACUGGACUUCAAGAUAUUCAACAAGUGAAUGAAAAUGAAAGUAUCUACUAUGUUUUUGCUUUCCAUAACAAUGCAAAUGAUUUUUUUUUCUAUCGAAGUGGCUGUGUUAGUUGUAUAAGUUUAGAAAGAUAGAGAAUUUAAUUUGUUGGCUUUCAAUGGGUUUCAUUUUCUGCUUUUAAUUAAUCUUGGAAGUAUACUUCUUGGCAAGUGUUUCAUGGUGUUUCAAUUUUUAGAAUUUAAGCUUUUCAUUGAAGUUUGACAUUAGCUUGUUAGGUGAAAGUAAAUAAACUUCACAACAUUCAGAUUGGCAAUUUC